CAAGGGAGAAGCCAAACGCUAACUUGCAAGCACUCUCCAGCCAAAAACAUUUCGCCUCCUCUUCGCUUCUUCCACCCACUCUUGAAUCAUCCGCCUUUCCUUCCUGCCCCCACCGACCACCUUUUCCUAAACCAACGCCUUGCGAUGGACAGGUCAAACGCCGCGGCCGCUGCCCCACCGCCGGUACCCAUGGCGGCGCCCGUCGUCCCGGUCGAUCUGACGGUCGUCAAGAAGCGCCUCGGGGGCGGUGGCGACAUGGCGGUGCACGACCCGUCCGGGGGCCUCGCCUUUCGCGUCACAGCGGCGGACGGCUGCGGCCGAAGGUGCGGAGGGAGGGCGCUCCUCGACGCCUCCGGGAGCACUCUGGUCACUGCCAGGUGUAGCGAGGGUGUGUGGCAGGCAUUCAGAGGAAUUAGUUGGGAACAGAAAGACAUAAUUUUUUCAACAAAGAUAAUGUGUGCUUCUCCAGAUCGAAAGGAGGUACAAGUCUUUGUCCCGCCGAGAAGCACAUUUGAAGAGCAAAAACCAACCUACAUACUCGUAGGAAAUCCAUCUCGAAGGGCAUGCACAAUCAUAAAGGGUAACUCCAUUGUUGCUCAGACAAAUCUUCCGUACAAACUCAAUAAGGCCAUCUAUUCAAGGCGGAAGUUUAGAGUGACCAUUUACCCAGGAAGCGAUAACAUUCUGAUCAUGGCAAUGGUUAUGACCUUCCUUGUUCAAAAAUAACAAAUUUUUUAUUUGAAAAAGGGCGCUUUAUUACUGUCCAAAAAUAACAUAGGUGAUGACUACGAACAUUGCUUUCAGAGGAUGAUUUAGUUCACUGUCUCUCGCUGACUGAUUGCGUUUACUGGACGAAAAAAGGAAAUCUUGAACAUGCACCCAAAUGCGUGUGGCUUUUCUUACUGAACAGACUGAUAUGUUGUAAAUA